UCUGCCCAAGCAGCAAGGAAGGAGUGCUUGUUUUUUUUUUUUCCUCUUUCUCCUCUGGAAUUUGUUUUUUCCUGCUCCUGAGCAUUUUAUUGACAGAGAAGAACGUGAAGCUGAUCACAAAUUGCAAGUCUGCAUUAUUUUCUGAUACUUGGGAGGUUUCACUUUGGCUCAGACCUGUUUCUUGCACUGGUACAGGAAGUUCUGUCACUAACUGUGUAAGCCGCAGCUCCAAGUCUGUGAGAGAGAGAGACAGACGAGGAGGAAACGAAAGAGAAGAAUAGGGACUGUUUCCAAGACAACGGGUUCUGUCUGAUUGUUCACGCUGGGGAAAGAAAAAUCUGCGUGCCGAUCCUUCCCCUCACAACCUCUGACCCCAAACGCACGCCGGUGGAGAGGCCAGUGCUGCAUCAGAGCUCCCAUAAUGCACCUGAAGACCAUGAAGUGCGACCGCUUCUGUCUGAUUGCCUCACUGGAGAGCCAGGAAGUGUUCAGCAAGCCUGAAGCUCGGGCCAGCUUCGAGGCGCUGUUCCGCGCUUUCGACAGCAGCGCCACCUUCCAGUUCUUCAAGAGCUUCCGUCGCGUGCGCAUCAACUUCACCGACGCCCUGGCUGCCGCCGAGGCCCGGGUGCGGCUGCACAAGAGCGACUUCAACGGCAAGGAGAUGCGGCUGUACUUCGCCCAGUCGGUACACAUCGGAAGCCCUCGUCUGGAGCCGCCCAAGCCUGACAAGCAGUUCCUGAUCUCGCCCCCCGCCUCCCCUCCUGUGGGCUGGGAGCAGGCGCAGGACGCCACGCCUGUCAUCAACUAUGACCUGCUGUGUGCCAUCUCCAAGCUGGGGCCAGGGGAGAAGUACGAGCUCCACACGGGCACCACCACCACCCCCAGCGUGGUCGUGCACGUGUGCGAGAGCGACCAGGAGAGCUCCGGCGGCGAGGAGGAGGAGGGGGGCAAGCGGCCCCGCCCCAAAAUCAUCCAGACGCGCCGCCCGGAGUUCACCCCCGCGGUCCUGCAGUGAGCCGCCGCCCAGCCCCCCGCGGCGCUUCUCUUCGUCACCGCAACGGCGUUGGCCCCACCAGGACACGCGGUCUGUCAUCCUCGCCCACCAGGGGGAGCCCUGGAGCCCUGAGUUCAGCCAGGAACGGGGCCGGCUCUCCUCACCUCCAGUGUCUCCCUCGGGCUCUUAGUUUUCCUUUUGUGUUUCAGCGACGGGAGCGGAGAUCGCGGCAGCGAGAGGAAGGCUCCUCACUUUGAAAUCUUGACUGUCUGCUUUUGCUCACGCUUUUUUUUUUUGUUUCUCGCAUGAACACUGUGGUUGGGGGCUGAGGAACUGACACAGAGGAGGGCAGUGAGCUGUGGUGUGUGUGUGUGUGUGCGUGUGUGUGUG